GACGGCAUUGGAGACAGAAUGAAAGUCAAGUAAUUUCCUUGGUAAAUCGAACUUGAGGUUCGUGACCAUGUUCUGUUCAACUGCAAAACGUGUGCAGAGGCUGCUGCAGUUUAGACACACACUACGCUUCACUGGUCUUUGUGGAAAAGCCUCCUGCUCCAGACUGGUUUUAGGCAUCGAGACAAGCUGUGAUGACACUGGAGCUGCUGUGAUGGACGAGACGGGUGCAAUACUGGGAGAGUCUCUGCAUUCACAGAAAGAAGUUCAUCUCAGGACUGGUGGCAUCAUCCCCGCAGUGGCUCAACAGCUUCACAGAGAAAACAUAGACCGUGUGGUCCAGGAGGCUUUGGAGAGGAGCGGCGUGACCCCAGGGCAGCUCUCUGCUGUGGCCACCACGGUGAUGCCAGGCUUGGCCCUGAGCUUGGGGAUCGGCCUUGAGUUCAGCCGGAAGUUUGUGAGACAGCACAACAAGCCCUUCAUCCCCAUCCACCACAUGGAAGCCCACGCCCUGACUGUCAGGAUGCUUCAGCCCGUUGCCUUCCCCUUCCUGGUCCUGCUCGUUUCUGGUGGUCACUCACUUCUCGCUGUGGCUCGGGGUGUCGAUGACUUUCUGCUUUUGGGUUACACGCUGGAUGAAGCUCCAGGGGAGACACUGGAUAAAGUGGCCAGACGUUUGUCACUCAUAAAACACCCACAGUGCUCCAGGCUGAGUGGAGGACAAGCUAUAGAGCUUCUAGCAAAGGACGGUGACAAAGGACGGUUCCCUUUUAGAACACCAAUGGGACAAGCCUAUGACUGCUGCUUUUCUUUUGCUGGACUGCGGACUCAAAUUACAAAUACUAUAGUGAAAAAAGAGGCAGAGGAAGGUGUAGAACAGGGGACACUGUUGUCAUGUGCGAACGACAUUGCAGCUGCCACACAGCACACCGUUGCCUGUCAUCUUGCAAAGCGCACGCAUCGUGCCAUCGUGUUCUGUAUGGCAAACAGUCUGCUGCCGUCAAGAAAUCCCACAUUGGUGGUGUCUGGAGGAGUUGCAAGCAAUCAGUAUAUCCGAAAGGCUUUGUCCAUUAUCACUAAGAUGACGGGACUACACCUGGUCUGUCCUCCAGCCAAAUUCUGCACCGACAACGGAGUGAUGAUUGCAUGGAACGGUGUCGAGCGUCUGAGAGAAGGGAAGGGGAUACUGCCUCCAGAUGUAGAUGUUCGCUAUGAGCCAAAGGCACCACUGGGUGUGGACAUCUCAGCGGAAGUCAGAGCAGCAGCAAUCAGGUUGCCAUCAGUCUGGAUGAAGAUCCACAACUGACAGACUGUUGGUUUUGUUCUGCAAAACAGUGUUUUGUCUUUGAUAGUUUUUUGUACAAAAUGUAAAAAGCUUUAUGCAGAUAUUUAUCAAUAAAAAGUUGGACAUCUCCACUGAA